AUGCGAAGCACGGUGCGCCGCAGCACCUCAGCGGUGCAGCUGCUGGUCUUGAUAGCCCUGAUAGGAUUCCUCGGGAACGCGAACGCGAACGUCUUCAACGACCCCUCGGCCGGAGAGUUCACCGUCGACGAGGGCUGGUUCGGCGAGCAGCACGAGGACGCGGGCGGCCAGGCUUCGAGCGCGACGACUCGGCAAGCUGGCGACCCCGCCUCCGUCCUGGUCUUUCCGGGGCGCAACCAGCUCGGAAACUACGAGUUCGCCCAGCCAGGAGGCUCCUCUCUGCUCGAGCUCCUCUCCAUAGUCGACGGCGGGGCCACUCCGACGCCACCAUGCUGCAAGGACUGCUGGACCAGGCUGCGGGAGUGCCGCGCGCCGUGCCUCGCAACCUUCCAGGAGUGCACGCGAGCCUGCGCGACGAGCAUCUCUCAGCUCAAGAACGGACAGCCUGACCCCCUCGCGCAGUACCUCGUCCAGGACUGCGUCUCGCAGUGCGACCUCACGGUGAACGCCUGCACGGGCGACUGCGAGAGGCAGGGCAUCAUCAACGCCAACUGCUACCCUCCCUUCUGCGACGACUACACCGUCGCCUGUCGCCCCGACCCCUUCAAGGUCGACGUCGCACGGCUGCCCGCCGUCACGGUGCCGUGA